CACAGGCCAGAGCCAGCCUUCUGCUCGGGGCGGAGCUGGGGAGCAGCCUGGCGUGGGGCAGUGCUGAGCUGUGGGCAGGAACGCAGCUGAGUGACUCAGGAUCUCAGUUGAGAUCUCCGUGGAGGUUCUAGAAAAGGUGGAAAAGUUGUAGCUUUUCUCUGUUGCUUCCUCCUGACUGUGGAAUCCCGGGAUUGUUCUGGGGAAGGUCAAAGGCUGUCUGGCUGCCGUGGUUUGGAGUGUCUGGGAGGUGUUUGUAGGCGAACGAUAAGAGGGCAGUCUGCAGCACCUGAAAGCACUUGGCCUGCGUGCAGGUGCACGGCGAACCCCCAUUCUCUUCCCUCCACUUGGGCUGCUGGACUUUGGAGCAGUUAGCUGCCUUUCCUGCCCGCCUCCAAAGCAGGUUGGCGUGUCAGCUUCCACUUCUUGGGUGUGGGGUGAGAGGAUGACAUCAGCCUCCUCCGCACCUGGACCCAACCUCCCUGAACUGAAAUGCUUUCUGGGGGGCCUCCAGAGUGCUGGCCCUCACAGAGGGUUCGCCAGCAAGUGCCCGUUCCCCGUCGCCCACCUUCUCAGCCCACUGGCUGGGGAGGGAGUGCCAGCGGGGAAUGGUGCUGAGUCCUGGGAAUCCCCGAGGACCAGAGAAGCAGAGGUCCUCCAUCUCCAGGAGGUUCCAGAAUCUCUUCGGAGUGCUCUCGCCAGGCAGCGAUGCCAGGAUGCCCGUCUCUGCUUCCCUCCGCCAGGACGGCAGCCAGGAGCGGCCGGUGAGCCUAACCUCCACCGCGUCCUCGUCGGGCUCCUCCCGUGACAGCCGAGGCGCCAUGGAGGAGCCCAGCGGCCCCGAGGCCUUAGCCAAGAAUGGGGCAGGCUCACCGCGCAGCCGGCACCCCCCCAACAGCAACAACAACUCCAGCAGCUGGCUGAACAAGAAGGGUCCCCUGUCCCCAUUCAACAGCCGGGCGGCAGCGGCACCUGUGCACAAGCUCAGCUACCUGGGCCGCGUGGUGUGGGAAAUCGUGGAAACUGAGCGCAUGUACGUGCAGGACCUGCGGAGCAUCGUGGAGGACUACCUUUUGAAGAUCAUCGACACGCCUGGGCUGCUGAAACCAGAACAAGUCAGUGCCCUCUUUGGGAACAUAGAAAACAUCUACGCACUGAACAGCCAGCUCCUCAGAGACCUGGAUAGCUGCAAUAGUGACCCUGUGGCUGUGGCCAACUGCUUUGUGGAAAGGAGCCAAGAGUUUGAUAUCUACACCCAGUAUUGCAACAACUACCCCAACUCUGUGGCCGCCCUGACGGAGUGCAUGAGGGACAAGCAACAGGCCAAGUUCUUACGGGACCGGCAGGAGCAGCUGCAGCACUCGCUGCCCUUGGGCUCCUACCUGCUGAAGCCAGUCCAGCGCAUCCUCAAGUAUCACCUGCUGCUCCAGGAAAUUGCCAAACAUUUUGAUGAAGAAGAGGACGGCUUCGAGGUAGUGGAGGAUGCCAUCGACACCAUGACCUGCGUGGCCUGGUACAUCAACGACAUGAAGAGGAGGCAUGAACACGCAGUGCGACUCCAGGAGAUUCAGUCGCUGCUCAUCAACUGGAAGGGGCCAGACCUGACCAUCUACGGGGAGCUGGUCCUGGAGGGCACGUUCCGUGUGCACCGUGUGCGCAGUGAGAAGACCUUCUUCCUCUUUGACAAAGCGCUGCUCAUCACCAAGAAGCGGGGCGACCACUUUGUGUACAAGGGUCACAUCCCGUGCUCCUCCCUGAUGCUGAUCGAAAGUACCAGAGACUCCCUGUGCUUCACCGUCACCCACUACAAGCACAGCAAACAGCAGUACAGCAUCCAGGCCAAAACAGUGGAGGAGAAACGAAACUGGACUCACCACAUCAAGAGGCUCAUCCUGGAGAACCACCACACCACCAUCCCCCAGAAGGCCAAGGAAGCCAUCUUGGAAAUGGAUUCUUAUUAUCCCAAUCGGUACCGCUACAGCCCAGAGCGCCUGAAGAAGGCUUGGUCCUCCCAGGACGAGAUGUCCACCCACAUGCACCAGGGGCGCCGGCAAUCUGAGCCUGGUCAGCCCCCGUACAGCCGGGCAACACUCCCCAGCAGGCAGCGAGGCUUCCUGGUACCAGGCCUUAAGGGCCGUAGAAAGUCCGAACCAACCAGACACCUGCUCAGGCAACUCAGCGAGAAAGCCAGAGCAGCAGGAAUGAAGCAUGCGGGCAGUGCUGGCGCUCUCUUGGACUUUGGGCAACCCCCCCGUACGCGGGGCUUGCAGCUGGAGGCUGAAGGGGCUGCCCGGGAGGAGCAGGAGCAGGAGGAGGAGGAGGAGGAGGAGGAGGAGCAGGCCUUUCAGGUCUCUCUAGAGGACCUGGCGGGGCAUGAAGGCAGCGAGAAGGGGUCUGGGCCUGAUCCCCCAGGCUCGGAGGACGAGGAGGAGGAGAGCCUGGCAGUGGCGGAGCAGGGGAAGGGGCGCAGGGAGUCUGAAAACCCCAAGAGCUGCAGGAGGCCCGGCAGCCAGUCUCCAAGUAGUGCAGAGAAGCGCAUGAGCUUCGAGUCCAUCUCUUCCCUGCCAGAGGUUGAGCCAGACCUUGAGCCUGGGGCAGAGCAGGAGGUGUUUGCCGCCGUGGAGGUUCCUAGCACUGAGGAGAUGCCCUCAGACUCAGAGUCUCCAGGUGUCCUGGGGACACAGCUUGCUGCCAACCAGGAGCUGCUGGGACUGGACCACCCGAGUGACAUGGACUUCGUGGUGGCUGAGAGCACUGAGAACAUUAAAGCCCUGAGCAGUGAGGAGGAGGAGGAGGAGGAGGAGGAGGAGGAGGAGGAGGAGGAGGAAAUGGGGGCUGCCCAGGAACCCGAGAGCCUUCUGCCGCCCUCUGUGCUGGACCAGGCCAGCGUUAUUGCUGAGCGGUUCGUCAGCAGCUUCUCUCGGCGGAGCAGCCUGGCACUGGAGGACGGCAGGUCCACCGGCUUCGGGACCCCAAGGCUGGCCAGCCGGAGCAGCAGUGUGCUCAGCCUAGAGGGCAGCGAGAAGGGCCCGGUCCAGCGUGGCAGCACCACAGACUCCUUCAGCUCUCAGCUCGCCCCAGAAGAGGACCUCUGUGUGGAGAUGGCCCCAGAGAGUGGCCCUUCCGUCAACGGGACAGAGCCCCCAAGCCCAGGCUUUCCAGCGGAGCCUGACGGGUCUUCCUGCAAGAAGAAGGAAUCGAUGCUCUCUACCCAAGACCGGCUGUUGUUGGACAAAAUCAAGAGCUACUAUGAAAACGCAGAGCACCACGAUGCCGGCUUUAGCAUCCGGCGCCGGGAGAGCCUUUCUUAUAUCCCCAAGGGCCUGGUGAGAAACUCGGUUUCCAGGUUCAACAGCCUUCCCAGGCCGGACCCGGAGCCAGUGGCUCCGCUAGGGCACAAGAGACAGGUGGGCUCCCGGCCAGCUUCAUGGGCCCUGUUUGACCUCCCAGGACCAGGCCAGGUGGCUGCUGGGGACCCAGCUCCUGUCACAGAUGCUGAGUUCCGCCCAUCUUCGGAAAUUGUGAAGAUCUGGGAGGGGAUGGAGGCUUCUGGGGGGAGCCCUCGGAAGGGGCCAGGCCAAGGUCAGGCCAAUGGCUUUGACCUCCAUGAGCCACUCUUCAUCCUGGAGGAGCACGAGCUGGGGGCCAUCAGCGAGGAGUCAGCCACUGCCUCGCCAGAGAACGCCUCCCCCACGGAGCGGCCCAGCGCAGCCCGCCUGGCCCGGGAGCUGAAGGAGCUGGUGAAGGAGCUGAGCAGCGGCUCCCAGGGAGAGCUGGUGGCUCCACUGCACCCCCGCAUUGUGCAGCUCUCCCACAUGAUGGACAGCCAUGUGAGCGAGCGAGUGAAGAACAAGGUCUACCAGCUGGCCCGCCAGUACAGCCUCCGGAUCAAGAGCAAGGCGGUGACAGCCAGGCCACCAUUGCAGUGGGAAAAGACAGCUUCCACCAUUCCCCGCCUGCAGGAGGAGGCUGGAGCACAAUCGGGCGGCAAAGGUAAGAGAAAGCCAGUGCUGUCCCUCUUCAACCAUGAGCAGAUGCUGGCCCAGGAGCACAGCCCGCCCAAGCCCUGCUCUGCCGGGGAGACGUCACCACGGCGUUUCUCCUUCAGCUCCUCUGCUGCCAACUCAAGGACCACCUCACCUGGGGCCCGGGCCUCUGCUCGAAGCCCCCUCAGCCCCUUCGACACUGAGACCUUCAACUGGCCUGAUGUCCGAGAGCUGUGCUCCAAAUAUGCCUCCCACGACGAGGCGGUCCAGGCUGAGGGCAGCCGGCCCCGAGGUGUGCCUGUCAACAGGAGCCGCUCGGUGCCAGAAAACAUGAUGGAGCCCCCUCUGUUGGGCAGGGUGGGCCGCUGCUGCAGCCUGAAUGCCAAGAGGGGCCGGGUGGACCCAGAGGCCACCCAGCCCCAGCCUCCUGGAGUGUUGCCCCAAAGUGGGUCAGACGCAGAGGAGGCCCUGUACGUCACUGCAGACCUCACGCUGGAGAACAACCAGCGGGUAAUUGUCAUGGAGAAGGGGCCCCUGCCUACCCCUGCUGUGGGGCUGGAAGAGCGCAGCGGGCAGGGACCGAGCUCACUAGCAGCCACAGUGGGGCAGGACCAGGACUUGCAGAUGUCUGCAGAGUAUCGGCCAAAUGAAGACGGUCCCAGGGAGCCAGUGGACCCGAGCCAGCAAGGCAGAGUGAGAAACCUGAGGGAGAAAUUCCAGGCCUUGAACUCCAUAGGUUGACUCUGAGUCCUGGGGUGUGGAGGAGCUGGGGGAUGGGGAGGAACUUUGGCAUGCUUGCCUACAAACCUGGGCUCACCUUGCUCACAGGAGUCCCACCCAGGGCCCUCAGGUCGUGCCCUGGAAAGAUGCUCUGGUGUACUCAGCAAGUGCAUUCUGUGAACACGCUGGCACGCCCCCAUGCUCACGGCGACUUUCCACAGGCCCAGACGAGCCCCUCUUCCCUCUGAGGCCAGUGUGGCCACUUCCCUUGUGUAUAUUAAUAGUUCUUCUCUGGUAAGAAGCCAAUAUUUAAGCUCACCUCUUCCCAGGGAGAGCAAGCCCUGCUCAGGCCUCCAGCACUGGCCGGCCACUGCCGGACUGAGGAGCCCAGCCAGAGGAGACACGGAAAGGUGGCCUGGGGAGGUUUUGCUCUUUAACUGUGCCUUUUCUUAGGAUCCAGGCAGGAACGAGGUCCCAUAAUUUAUUGCUUUCCAUUCUGUUGUGUGUUUGUGUGCACGCGUGUGUGUCCUUCUGUUGUUGAUUCCCCUCCCGUGAAGAAUGUAACGGACUCAGUUCAGGUACUUUUGUGGGUUGUCUUGCUGACCCUGUGGUUGUCGCUAAUGUAUACACAUUUCAUUAUUUGCCAAUGGUGCAAUAACCACUGCUGACCAACUGA